CAGGCAGUAUCCCCUUUCUCUCUCUAAAUUGUUCUUCUUCUUCUUUAUUUUUUUUAUUGGGCAAUCAAUCCUCUGAUAUAGGAAGAAAAUAAGAACACAAGUUUACCCACAAAGUUGGACAAUAAAAGUUUCAGUCUUUCGAGAAUAAUAAACCCCCCCAAUCAUCUGUCCUUUCGAUCCAUUUUAAUCUUCUUUAUUUAGAUUACAUCAAAAAGGAUACACCAGUCAGUAAUUACUACUACCCUCCAAUCAUCCUUGUCGGUUGGAAUGUCUGGCGGCGGCGCCGGCGGUGGAUGUAGCAUAGUAUGGUUCAGAAGGGAUCUAAGGGUAGAAGAUAACCCAGCACUGGCUGCAGGAGUUAGAGCAGGAGCGAUUGUAGCAGUUUUCAUAUGGGCACCUGAAGAAGAAGGCCAUUAUUACCCAGGAAGAGUUUCAAGGUGGUGGCUAAAACACAGUUUGGAUCAUCUCGAUUCUUCUUUGAGAAGUCUUGGCACUUGUCUAAUUACUAAGAGAUCCACUGAUUCGAUCUCAUCUCUCAUCGAGAUUCUCAAAUCUACUGGCGCUACCCAGCUUCUAUUCAAUCAUUUAUACGAUCCAUUAUCGCUUGUUAGGGAUCACAGAGUUAAAGAAGUCUUAACUGCUCAAGGGAUAAUCGUCCGAUCUUACAACUCCGAUUUACUCUAUGAACCAUGGGAAGUUAAUGACAAAUUAGGUCGCCCUUUUACAUCUUUUACUGCUUUCUGGGAAAGAUGUCUUUCCAUGCCUUAUGAUCCUGAAGCUCCAUUGCUCCCACCUAAGAGGAUAAUCUCAGGUGAUAUCUCAAGAUGCCCUUCAGAUAAUCUAGCAUUUGAAGAUGAAUUAGAGAAAGGAAGCAAUGCUCUUCUAGCUAGAGCAUGGUCACCUGGUUGGAGUAAUGCAGACAAAGCUCUAACAACUUUUAUCAAUGGACGUCUCCUUCAUUAUUCUCUAAACCGUAAGAAAGCAGAUAGCAAAACGACUUCUUUCCUUUCUCCCUAUUUGCAUUUUGGGGAAAUCAGCGUUCGUAAAGUCUUCCAUCUCUUUCGGAUAAAGCAAGUUUUAUGGGCAAACGAGGGAAACAAGGAUGGUGAAGAAAGUGUUAAUCUUUUCCUUAAGUCAAUUGGUUUAAGAGAAUAUUCAAGAUACAUGAGUUUUAACCAUCCUUAUAGCCAUGAAAGGCCUCUUCUUGGGCAUCUUAAGUUUUUCCCAUGGGUUGUAGAUGAAGGUUAUUUCAAGGCAUGGAGACAAGGUAGAACCGGUUAUCCUUUGGUUGAUGCAGGUAUGCGAGAAUUGUGGGCUACAGGUUGGCUGCAUGAUCGGAUUCGUGUUGUUGUCUCUAGUUUCUUCGUUAAAGUUUUGCAACUUCCGUGGAGAUGGGGGAUGAAGUAUUUUUGGGAUACCUUAUUAGAUGCUGAUCUCGAGAGUGAUGCUCUUGGUUGGCAGUAUAUCUCUGGUUCGCUUCCUGAUAGUCGCGAAUUAGACCGGAUUGACAAUCCUCAGUUUGAAGGUUACAAAUUUGAUCCAAAUGGUGAAUACGUUCGAAGAUGGCUUCCUGAACUCGCUAGAUUACCUACCGAAUGGAUACACCAUCCAUGGAAUGCCCCGGAAUCGGUUCUCCAAGCAGCGGGCAUUGAGCUCGGUUCCAAUUAUCCACUUCCAAUCAUACAAAUAGAUAUCGCGAAAGCCAGGCUACAAGAGGCGCUUUCGGAGAUGUGGCAACUCGAAGCUGCUUCACGAGCUGCUGCUGAAAACGGAACAGAAGAAGGACUAGGAGAUUCAGAACCCAUAGCAUUUCCUCAAGGAAACCAAAUGGACGUCGACAUUCAACAACCAGCCAGAAACAACAACAACAAUGUCUUGAAUACUACUAAUAUUCGACGGUACGAAGAUCAGAUGGUUCCGAGCAUGACAUCAUCGUUUAUACGAUUCGAAGAGGAAGAAACAUCUUUGGACGUGCGCAAUUCUGUUGAUAGUCGAGCUGAAGUGCCCAGAAACGUCCGUGUGAAUCAAGAACAGAGAACAACUGAAGUGAUGAACAACCCGCGGUUCAAUAUUCAUAGAGGUUUGCAGUUUUUGGAAGAUUCCGCAACUGAAUCUUCUUCUACUAGUAGCGUUCGUCGAGACGGGGGUGUGGUUCCCAUUUGGUCACCGGCAACUCCUAGUUACUCCGAACAAUAUGUGGGCGAAGAAAACGGUAUUAUUGCCUCUACUACCUCAAUCGCAUACAGAAGCCUCCAUAGUCCAAUCAACUGAAGGAUGGUCUUUACUCGACUAUGUAAAGGCGAACAAAACUGGAACAAUGUUACAUAUAAUCAGUAUCGAAUUGUCUGGUGAGAAGUUGACGACGGUUGAGAUUGAAUUCUCAUCAUGGUGUCGCUACCCAGGCUUGAUUCGUUUCGUCCUCUCUUUAUAUACAAUGCCCCGAGCAUUGCUGUAUAGUAACUAUAUAUUUCUAGUGAGAAACAAAAGAGAGAAGGGAUCGGGUCACUACGGGGAAUAUGUAAAUCCUCACAAAUAAAUACUAUUGCUUCUUAAUUUGAGCAAGUUUUGGAACGAAGUAAUCUUCUUGGUCGAUAACUUUUGUAUAUUAAUGUUUCAGAUUUGUGAUAAAUUUACGGAGAUAAUAUGUUAUUUCGGACUAACUAGAAUGUUUUGAUUUGAAAUUAUGUUCAAAUACACAUUAAUACUAUGUUAUCUUACCAACUUAACUUGA